AUCACUAAUUCUUUGUUGCGAAACAUGGCAAAAUCCACUGUUGCAUCGGCAGCACUUCUCGUUGCCGUGAACCUGUUGUUCUUCACAUUGGUCAGCUCGACCUACGUGCCAUGCCCACCACCGCCACACAAGAUCCCCAAGCCUUCCCCCAAGGUCCCGCCAUCUGGACCGAAAAGGCCGGCCACUUGCCCCAAAGACACACUCAAACUGGGUGUGUGUGCUGAUUUGUUGGGCGGAUUGGUACACGUUGUCAUCGGGAGCUCGUCGAGGACCAAAUGCUGCGGUCUCAUUUCGGGGCUGGCCGACCUCGAUGCCGCCGUUUGCCUCUGCACGGCGAUCAAGGCCAAUGUGUUGGGGGCUAACCUCAAUGUUCCCAUUUCAUUGUCCUUGCUGCUCAACUCAUGUGGAAAGGAACUGCCUGCCGGUUACAAAUGUGCUUAUUAAGCUCAUUUCCACUCUAUUUCAAGCAAUGUUUACGUCUUUUUCUGGGUGUGUUUAGUUUGGACUUUUGGUAUGCCCGAAUAAAUCAUGAAGUAU